AUGCAAGAGGUUUGCAGCUCGGUGAACGCAGUGAAGUCAGAAACGCCAAAUUUGGCCUCCUUGCAGGGCACUUUAUUAGUGGAAGUUGAAGCACCGACAUCGCAAACGCACUCUCCGUUGGCUUCGGCAAUUUCACAUCUAAACCGGAAAUCAGUGACCAAUGACAAAUCCAGCAGAUCCGCCGGUCAGAGUCUGCAGCCGGUUACGGAUCUACCAGCGCAAACUCCCGUGCAUCCCGAUUCGUCCUACUGGAUGCAGAACGAGAGUGGAUUCAUCAAUUCACAACCCUCGAUGGCCGAAUUCCUGACACAUAUAGACAGCGAGAGUCCGAAGAUCAGCGCCGGUCAGGGCUAUCAAAAUGGACCAAACGACAGUAUUGAAUCCGUCCCGGAGUAUCCCUGGAUGAAGGAGAAAAAGACGGCCAGGAAGAACCAAACUCAAGCUGAAUUUGUGGCUGAAAACGGUUUACCCAGACGGCUUCGGACGGCCUAUACCAAUACGCAACUUCUAGAGCUAGAAAAGGAAUUUCAUUUCAAUAAGUAUUUGUGUCGCCCAAGGCGAAUAGAGAUAGCCGCCAGUUUGGAUCUUACUGAGCGACAGGUCAAGGUAUGGUUUCAAAACAGGCGAAUGAAGCACAAACGUCAAACGCUGUCAAAAACGGACGAUGAAGAUUCGAGUAAAGAUGAUUUAAAAGAUUCCAAUUCCAAGAAAUCUUGCCAAGGUUGUGAGUUACCUUCUGAUGAUAUUCCCGAUUCUACAUCUAACUCGAGAGGAUUGAACAACAGCACGCCGAAUAAUUCCACUACUCCUAAUUCUACUGUUGAAAUUGGUACGUCAACCAGCACCACGGUAAAUGCUGAUUCCAGUGUCGCAUCAUGCGGGAGUAUCGAUGAAGACGAAGAAGUGCAUACCAAUGUGAAGAAAAAACGUGAAAAUAGUACCAAAAAGGAAAGCUUUCUCGCCGCAAAAGGAAUCAAUCAUCAUAAAACUUUUGACAGUCGCAAGGAUUCUAACAUGAGUUCGCCGCAAAUUCCAAGUACCACGAACGUUAUAACAUCUACUGGAAUGAUUCCCAACCCCGCAUCACAUAGUCAGUAUAAUCAAAUCGGAUUACAUCCAGCGAUUAGAAGCAAACCCCAGCAUCAGCCAGAUUACGAAAAUGUCGCUGCUCACAAUGGCGGCGGAGGCUACAGUAAUCUAAACAAGCAAGAAUACUUUAGUAAAGUAGAUGUUAGCUAUCAUCAGUACACUAAGACAAUGUCAACUCACCAGUACAUUGCCCAACCUACAACAGCCAGCCAAAAGCCAGAAAUGUCUUCAGCAAUAAAUGUGAAAAAAAUUUGCACUCGAUUUCACGCCGAAGGUACUAGAAUACAGCAACAUCACGAAGCGUACCCACAUCAGAAUCCGCAUUUCUACAGCAGUGAUGGCACUGCGGGCUACGGCAAUUUCAGCAAUAUCCAGUGCUAUCACAACGAAUAUGACAUUCAAACCGAAUCUAGUGGUAGUUACUAUGACCCGAAAACUCAAUCGUACUACUAUGAGGGAGCACCUUAUUAUCAUCAGCACCAUCCCAACAUAAUCGGGUCAUCCGGUGUGCCAACUGCAACGGAGUGUCAAUCAAACAACUUUCUGAAUAGUGAAAACACGGAAAAUUUCAAUUUCCAUCAACCGUACUACGAGACGCAUCAAGGUGGCAACCAGUAUCAUCUGGGCACCACUAGCAAUACCACGAACAACAUGAUGGAUAUGAGCCAUCAGCCGCACGGUCACGACCCGGUAUAUGCUACUCACGGUAACAACCUGCCCAUCAGCUAUGGACAAGCCAAUGGAAAUCUCGUUGGUAACAACGCUAAUCCUAGCAUUACACAGUUGGAAAACUCUAAUUCAUCUUCAGAUUUCAACUUUCUAAGCAACCUGGCAAACGAUUUUGCUCCCGAGUACUAUCAGCUUAGUUAA